AUGGCCGACCCCUUACAGGAGAUUGACCUCGACUCGGUCAUUGACCGUCUUCUCGAAGUCCGUGGCAACCGCCCGGGUAAGGCUGUUCAGCUGCAGGAGUACGAGAUCAAGUACCUGUGCACCAAGGCGCGUGAGAUCUUUAUCGGGCAGCCGAUUCUGCUCGAGCUCGAGGCGCCAAUCAAGAUUUGCGGCGACAUCCACGGCCAAUAUUACGACCUGCUCCGCUUGUUCGAGUAUGGCGGCUUCCCCCCAGAAGCCAAUUACCUCUUCCUUGGUGACUACGUCGACCGUGGCAAGCAGUCGCUCGAGACCAUCUGCCUCCUCCUUGCGUACAAGAUCAAGUACCCCGAGAACUUCUUCAUCCUCCGUGGCAACCACGAGUGCGCAUCGAUCAACCGUAUCUACGGCUUCUACGACGAGUGCAAGCGUCGCUACAACAUCAAGCUGUGGAAGACGUUUACCGACUGCUUCAACUGCCUGCCGAUUGCCGCCAUCAUUGACGAGAAGAUCUUCACCAUGCACGGUGGCCUCAGCCCCGAUCUCCAGAGCAUGGAGCAGAUCCGGCGAGUGAUGCGCCCAACUGACGUCCCCGACACUGGUCUUCUCUGCGACCUCCUCUGGUCCGACCCCGACAAGGACAUUACGGGCUGGAGCGAGAACGAUCGAGGCGUGUCGUUCACGUUUGGGCCGGACGUUGUCUCGCGUUUCCUCCAGAAGCACGACAUGGACCUCAUCUGCCGUGCACACCAGGUCGUAGAGGAUGGCUACGAGUUCUUUGCCAAGCGGCAGCUGGUCACGUUGUUCUCGGCUCCUAAUUACUGUGGCGAAUUCGACAACGCCGGUGCAAUGAUGUCCGUUGACGACACCCUGCUAUGCUCUUUCCAGAUCCUGAAACCCGCCGAGAAGAAGGGGCCAAAGUACGGGGCCUACGGCGGACGGCGUUAG